GCGGAGACCCCAGCGAACCCGGCUCUUCUCUUCUAGAUCGCUUGCGAUGUCCGGGUUUGACAGCUUCAACACAGACUUCUUCCAGACCAGCUACAGCAUCGAUGACCAGAGCCAGUCCUACGAUUACAGCGGGAGGCCGUACAACAGGCAGUAUGGAGGCUAUGAAUACUCCCAGCAGAGCGGAUUUGUCCCCCCAGACAUGAUGCAGCAGCAGCAGCCUUACACGGGGCAGAUCUACCAGCCCACACAGACGUACACUCCGACUUCAGCACAGUCUUUUUAUGGAAGCAACUUUGAGGAUGAGCCUCCUCUAUUAGAAGAAUUGGGGAUCAAUUUUGACCACAUCUGGCAGAAGACACUAACGGUGCUACACCCGUUAAAAGUGGCAGAUGGCAGCAUCAUGAACGAGACUGAUUUGGCUGGACCAAUGGUCUUCUGUCUAGCUUUUGGAGCCACAUUAUUGCUGGCUGGAAAAAUCCAGUUUGGAUAUGUGUAUGGCAUAAGUGCAAUCGGAUGUUUAGGGAUGUUUUGUCUCCUGAACUUAAUGAGCAUGACGGGCGUCUCCUUCGGCUGCGUGGCCAGUGUCCUGGGCUACUGCCUGCUUCCCAUGAUCCUGCUCUCCACCUUCGCUAUUGUCUUCUCCUUGCAGGGAAUGAUGGGGAUAAUUCUCACGGCUGGAAUCAUCGGCUGGUGCAGCUUCUCUGCUUCCAAAAUCUUUAUUUCUGCCUUAGCAAUGGAAGGACAACAGCUCCUGGUGGCGUAUCCCUGCGCGUUACUGUACGGAGUCUUCGCUCUCAUUUCCAUCUUCUGAGCAGACUGUCCAGACUCCUGGACUCUACUGGGCCAAAAUGGAACCAUCCCCUUGGGACGUUGAGCUGGACCAGAAGCAGCCAGAGAUGACUGUGUAGUGUUGCUGUCACCAAACCUAGACCCGUUUUGAAUCAGCUGGAACAAUGAAAACAAAUGUCUCGUGUUCUCUUUUUUAGGACUUUGAAUACUGUUUCCAAUUGACCCGAGGUGUCUAUAGCUUUAAUAAGUGUUCAUGCUUAUCAAGUUAAUGUCAUUUCUUUCCCAUUCCUCUAUCUUUAGAAAAGUAACUUUUGGUUGUUUAUCUGAGGGUUGUGUUUUUUGUUUUGUUUUUCCUUUCUUUGUUUUGUUUUUGUUUUUAAAUGGGAGUGAGGGAGGGAGUAUGGUUGCAGUUAUAAAUCGAAGAAGUUAACAGAUCUGCAGAUGCCGCAGAAUCGGGUACUUUUUGAAUAAAUCUGCAGUAUUGAGGAACCUAUUUCCCAUCCCCUCUUACCAAAAGCAAAAUGCACAAAUGAACACAAAUAUACUCUUGAGCUCUUUGGUCUCAUUCAUUUGUUCAUUUGAUGUGAUAGUAAUUCAGGAUUUAAGAUACUUAAAUUACAAAGUAGAAAACAGAUGCUUAAAGGGAUCUGUAAUUCUGUCACACUUGAAAUGCAAAUACAUGUGGAUGUCUGAGUAGCUCCACGUUAACAUGGAUUUCUGAAGGUGACUUCAACUAGAGUUUCUUUUCCUAAUGGUGCACAUACAAGUAGAUGAGGAGUAAUCUCUUUUGCAGUACUUCCAAGAGAAACACCAUUUUGAAGAUGUUAUGCUUGUCAGUAUUGUAGUUACUGUAAAAUAAUUUAAGGCAUAUUGAUUAAAUUUUCCUUAAAUUUUGAAAAA